AUGGAGUUGCAGCACCCGUGGCGAUGCCGCGCGGUGCUCCACCGUCCUUCAUUACGUCGCGGGGUGCAACAGGGUGGUUGGCGCCAUCACUCCUCCUGGAUUCCCCCCGCCCCGGCCCCCCACCCGUGCGUCAGCGGCUGUCGACGGCCGGCCCGCCUCGGCACCGGCCCAAGGAAACAAUUCCGCCUCGGCACCGCCGCUUUCAUUGCCGGAAUACAAAUCUUCAAAACCAUCCUGUGGAUCGUGCUAUCCCUGCCGCGAGAAAAUAAGUCAGAUCAUUGUGCUAGGAGCUGGUCGGACCUUCCCUGGGAUCUUCUUGACCGCAUCCUGCAACACCUUGAGCUCCCCGGAGCUCUUGCUGUGGCAGCCGUCUGCACUUCAUGGCGCUCUGCCGCGGUGGCUUCCGGCGUCCGUUCUGGCACACCUUGGCUUGUGUCCCGCGAAUCUGAGCCUCUCACGAAAACGAAAGGCAGUGAGUUCCGCAACGUUCUCGACCCCGAUAAGAUACACAUGGUUAGCUAUCCUCAAGGACGGCGUAACCUCUCUUGGUGUGGAGCCUCCCAUGGUUGGCUCAUUGCCUCUGACGAACUCUCCAAUCUUUUGUUCUGCAAUCCCUUCACGUUGGCCAUGAUCCCUCUCCCGCCUAUUACUGAUCUGGAAUGUGUCGAGGGAGUCUACGACAAUGAUAGAAGCAUUGCUGGUUAUUAUUAUGGAAAUUCUGACAAGCUUAUCAGUCCUCCAGAUUACAUUGGCCGCUGGUUCUACCAGAAGGUGGUGUUGUCAUCUGAUCCAUCUACAUCUCACGACGGUGGUGACUACAUUGCCAUGGCCAUCUAUGGGAAUAAUCAGGUUUCUUUUGCGAGAGCAAGAGAGAACAGCUGGCGACAUGGUACGGCUCUUAGUGAGAUGGGGAAGGAUUCAUACGCUGAUUGUGUCUACCACAAUGGCAGAUUCUACACGGUGACAAUGUGUGGGGUGGUCGAGACAUGGGAUCUCAAUAAAGAGCCAGCACAUGAACCAAACAAACAGGUGAUCAUUGCUGGCGGGGAUGGAAGAUACAGGAGGAUUCUUACCCGGUUCCUGGUGUCUACUCCCUGGGGUUGUCUCCUGCAGAUCCGAACUCAACAUCGCAAUGAUCAUCCUAGGAAGGUCAUGGUUGAGGUGUUUGAAGUCAAUGUCGAGGAGCACAAACUUGUCAGACUGAGUUCUGCCACAGCCUUCCAGGAGCACGCAGUGUUUGUUGGGUUGAAUGAAUCCGUAUGUUUGCAUACCAAAGAUUACAAGGAGCUAAGACCCAACCAUGUCUAUUUUGCCACACCUUGGUUGACACAGGAAGCAAAUUUUGGUCUCAGGGGCUGGAAAGGUGUAGUGAUUUAUGACCUGGAAAAUCAGACGUUUGAGGAAGUUCUUCCUGCAUCUAAAUAUUCUGCAUUUUGUCCCCAGCAAGUUUGGUUCAUUCCAAAUAUCUGAAAGACGGUACAUCUCGUCAGGUUGUGGCUGUCCCGCUAAAACGAUUAGUUAUGUUUACUCUAUUUUAUCUUAUAUAUUUGUCUCAACAAACAUUACAGUGUUGCUAGUGACCGUAUUCAGUUCAAUAUAUUUUGUGGCCAUGCAGUGUCUCCAUUUUACUUGGCCAUCAUUCUCUGAAGUACUCCCUCCGUUCCAAAAUAGAUGAUC